AUGAGAAAGAAGGUGGGGAUGGAGGGUUGGCCUCCUCCUGCCAACUUACAGAUAGCCCCGUUGCCAAUAAUUGAGAAAACAAACAUUUCCUGGCUCCAAAAAGCUCACUUAAGGACAAACGUUAAGGAUUAUGGCAUACCUCUUAAACAAGAAGAAGUUAAGGACACAAGACAAGAGGAUAACGAGUAUACUAAAGAAACAAUAGCUUUGGUGAACAAUCAGUUGGCACGAGGAGAAGAAGGGCGAUUGUUUGCUGUCAUUCAUGUUGCUGGUAAGCAGUUUUAUGUCACCCAAGAAGACAUAAUCAUCAUUCAUGGUCCCUGGCCUCCAACAAUUAGUGACGAAAUCAAUUUUGAAAAGGUUAUGUUGGUAGGAGGCUCCGACUUCACGCUAAUUGGUCGUCCAGUGUUACCACCGGAGCUGGUGUCUGUCACUGCCACUGUGAUAGACAAGGACUUGUCCCACGUCAAGACAAAGUUCAGAUUUCACAAGCGGAAACAGUACAGAAGAAUUAACUUCAUAAGAAGCCCACUGACUAUGAUUCGCAUCAAUGAAGUGAAGGUUGUUGGGAGAGUCAACGAGAGAAAAGAUGUUGAAGGCCUGAAUCAAGUGUUUUACUAGUCUUUGUAAUUGUAUGUAAAUAAAUUAGCUUAUCACA